AUGCUCUUCUGCAUCAUCGGUUUGAAGCUCUCCCUGGGCACAGCCGGUAUCAUCCCUUCCCUGAACAUCCCAGGAGGCCUCAUCUCGUUCGCGGCCAUCAAAUCGCUCACCGCAUUUGGCACCGGCAUGCGCACGCAGCAGCGCGCGCCGCUGCUGCACAAGCUGCUGUUCCAGCCCUUUGGUCUGCAGGAGAACACUGCUAUGCAGACCUACAUUCUUUCGAUGGGAGUGGGCGGUUUUGGCAGCUACAUGACCGGCAUGGGCUACCAGGCGUACCUGAACAUGGGAGGCGCCCCAAGGGGCAGCCCCGACUUCCACCCAGAGGCCGUGUACGACCCGGUGCCCUCCAAGACCAUCCCCUACUUCCUGCUGACGUCACUGACCGGCGCGUUCCUGCUGACUCAGCUGCGCAAGCUGAUGAUCUGCGACUGGAAGCUGCCUUUCCCCAGCGGCACCGCGUCGGGCAUCAUGCUCACCAGUUUCCACACCGCGACCGGCGAGGCGGCCGCCAUGUUCAAGGUGAAGCUCCUGGGCAUCACCGGCUUCUUCUCGUUCCUGUUCUCGAUGGCCAAGUGGUUCUUCCAGGGCACGGACUACGCCUGCGGCUUCAGCGCGUGGCCCACGUUUGGGUUUGCGGCCAUGAAGUACACCUUCAACUUUGACUGGCAGCUCAACUAUGUCGGCGCCGGCAUGAUCUGCCCCCACAUUGUCAACUGGUCCAUGCUCGUCGGCGCCAUCCUCUCGUGGGGGGUGAUGUGGCCCCUUAUGGAGCGCAAGGCUGGCGACUGGUACCCGGCAGGCCUCGACAGCCACGACUUCCAGGGCCUCUUCGGGUACAAGGUAUUCCUGGUGAUUGCCAUCCUGAUGGGCGAGGGCCUCUACAUGGUGGCCAAGGUCCUGUACUCGACCGUCCGCGACACGCGCAAGCGCAUGCUGGCCACCCGCGCCGCGCGCCGCCUGCCCCGCUUCACCGCCGAGAAGGCGGCCGUCGACAACACCCUGAUCUCAGAGUCCGAGGAUAGCGACGACCCCGCGCAGUUUGAGGCCCCCGCCACGGCGCCGGCCGCGUCCAAGGAAGCCGGUGCCGUGACCGGCACACUCAACGUCAUUGCCGCCUCGAAGCGGGUGGCGAAGAGCUCUGACGCCGGCAUGGUCAAGGGCGGCAAGGCUGUGCAGGAGCACCACAGGCCCCCGGCGUUUGCUGACGGCCUGGUUGUGGACGAGGACGAGGCCGAAGACGACCUGCUGCAGUUCAAGGAGACCCCCGCCGAGCGCCGCCUGCGCACGGCCGUGUUCCUGCGGGAGGUGAUCCCCUGGCAGCUGGUACCCCUGGGCUACGGCGGCCUGGCCAUCCUGUCCACCAUCUUCCUGCCGAUGGUGUACACCCCCAUUAAGUGGUACUACGUCCUGGUGGCAUACAUCGUGUCGCCGCUGUUUGCCCUUCCUAACAGCUACGGCUGCGGCCUCACUGACUGGGACAUGUCGAGCAUGUACGGCAAGCUGUGCCUCUUCAUCUUCGCCGCAUGGGCCGGUGUUGAGGGCAAUGGUGUCAUUGUGGGCCUGGGCGUCUGUGGUGUCGUGCUGAACGCCACAAGCGCCGCCGCGACCCUUAUGGGUGACUUCAGGACAGGCUACGUGACCCUGACAGCGCCGCGCGCCAUGUUCUUGGCCCAGCUGGUUGGUGGGCUUGUUGGGUGCGUCAUGGGGCCCUACGCCUUCAUGCUCUUCUACAAGACUGGCCAGGUGAAUGUCCCCGGCGGCCCCUACCCCACCCCCUUCGCCGACAUCUACCGCGGCAUGGCCGUCAUCGGCACCAAGGGUUUUGGCGCCCUCCCCAAGUACUGCACCACCCUCAUGGCCGUGUUCUUCCUCGCGGGCAUCCUCAUGUGCCUCGUGCGCGACCUGCUGCCCCGCCGCUUUGCCAAGUGGGUGCCCAGCCCCAUGGCCAUGUCCAUCCCCUUCUACAUCGGCGCCGCAUCGGCCAUCGACUUCUGGAUGGGGUCCAUCAUCAUGCACAUCUGGGAGUUCUUCGACAAGGACUCAGCCGCCGAGCUGGCCACGACCGUCGGCGCCGGCCUCCUGGUGGGCGACGGCCUCUGGGCCAUCCCCAGCUCGAUCCUGGCCAUCGUGCAGAAGGUGCCGCCGUUGUGCAUGGGCUUCUACCCCAAGGGGGCUGGCCUCUGCACGCUGCCCUACUGCAUGGGCUUCUGGGCGGGCGGCAGCGACCGCGUCCCGACGUGA